AGUUUUACACGGCGCUGCCAGCGCCUAGCGACACACACAAUGCGGUAUUGAAGGCAUCAGCGCGACGUUAACUGGGCGCUCCGGUGUCACCAGGGCGCCUUUCUCGGGAUUCUUCAAUGGCGAGCGCACCAGCAGCUUUCUACUCCAGUGCCUCUCCGACUGCAAGAUUCAUGGAACUGUCAAAGCACAGGAGUUGUGGGAUGGCAUGGAUUUCAGGUCCUUGUAAGAGGCUGGAAUGGGGAAACCAGGAGCCCAUCUGGACGCUGUCACAGUACGCACUGAGAGCAAGGCCUUCCAAAAGAAUCGAAAUCCUCGCUCGGCCAAAGCCAAAUCACCUCAUGGAGUCUUUACAGCCCAGGGAAAGUUUUAUCUUCAGCUGUGGCCGCGAGUCCUCGAUUGGAAGAAUUCAACUGGCUGCCUUACACGGAUCACCGAGCGAGAGGCUGGAGCAGUUAGCCAGGCCAAAAAGGCUCUCCAUGGAAUUUGAAGAAGCCAGACCUUCUUAUGUCCACGGAUGCGGAUGUAGCACACCCAUAAACCAAGUCAAUCGAGAGACACUCACCUGUCACCCUUCAGCACGUGUGCAGUCUCUCGCCUACCCGAAGAAAAUUCACCCAGACUACAGGAUUGAUCGUGAGGUGGAAACCUACGUCACUCCAGCAGCAAUAAGAGCAAGAGGUUCACCAAGACUGGAACAGCUCGCCUGCCCCCGAACAAGAGAUAAUCUGCUGUUCUUCUCACUGGGACGACCCGAGGAAGUGAUAAGGCCGGUUUCAAGUGCAGCCUGCAAUUCGACAGCUAACCCUAGGACCCAGGAGCUUGCUAAACACAAAAUAGUGUCAAAGAGAUACCUUCCAGCACGGGACAGUGCUUGGCCAGUGUCUCCAGGAGCAAGGAGUGCUGCUGCAUCACCCCGAACUCAGGAACUCUGCAAGCCGAUAUCACGAUCUCAGCGUCAUCACUGCAGAGGAGGUGGAGUGUAAGGGAGUGUGAAAGAGGCCCAGAGUUUUUAUUAUGCCAG